GCGCUGCCCGCUCCGCCCCGAGACUACCCAGAUUCUAGAAUCUUCCGGCGUGGGCCCCGCGGCCUCCCCUAAUUUUGUGCUGCCCGCGGGUCCAGGUCACCGCGUAGAGCCUAGAGUUAUUCGCCUCGACGCCCCCGUCGGUCGCCGCGCCGUCGCGUCGAAUAUCUCCGCGUCCGUCGCCCGCUACAACCCCUCGCUCGCAGGUAGUGGUGCUCCCCCCUUCUGAUUCCGCGCCUAGUUCUUUCGUGAUUCAGGGCUUAGUUGCUGGUGAUGUGGAUUUUGUGGAUGCGGCGUUUAGUGGCCCUGAUUCGAUGGGUGGAUUUUGCGCUAGGUCUGAUUGCUCUCGAUUUGGGGGCGGGGAUUUCCUGGCGAUUUAGAGUGGGUCGGGGGAACGAACGGGGUCGUGGUUUGAAUGCUAAUCUGAUCUGUUGGCGCGGGUCGGUGAUAUCGGAGGGGGAAGAAUUUGGGUUUGCUUCAGAGAGGAGGUUGGAAUCUCCUCGGAAGGGUUAACGAUUUCUGUCCUGGGCGAGCGGUCGUGAUGAAAUUCGAUUGGCUCCCGUUGGUAAUUUACAUGUUCUUCUAGAGUUUGGCGUGAAGCUUCAAACUAAUCUCGUGGGUAUUCGAUUUUUACCCCUUUGAGUUAUUGUGGGUGUCUUUUCUAGGGAAUUACUUUACCUGACUUGUGUUUAGGAUAAUAGAAUCUCUAUUCUGAAAUCGUCAGGUUGUGCAUCAAGAAGAGUUUCUAGGGAAUUACUUUACCUGGCUCGUUGUCAGAAAUAAAAUUUUAGAUUUUUGGGGAGUUUCUGGUCAUGGUAUAUCUAUCUUAUCAUAACUAUUUGUUCAAUCUUUCUUUCUGCUAUACUUACUGGCUUGCAGCUUGAUUCUACUUAAGGCCAUGAGAAUUUUACCCCUCCCCUAAACAUGAACUCUUUUGGUGGCUUACACGGUGCCAAGUAGAAAAAUGGAACGCUGUUUGUAGCUUUUAAUUUAUUCCGAAUAUCAUCAAGAUGUCAGCCAAUGUCGGUGAAUCAGCAAGUGCUGGCAGCAGCAGCGACGCAGCUGGGGGGAGUUUUGAGUGCAAUAUAUGCUUUGAGCUGCCUCAGGAGCCAAUAGUGACCCUCUGUGGCCAUCUCUUCUGCUGGCCAUGCCUUUACCGCUGGUUGCAUGUCCAUGCACACUCACCAGAGUGCCCAGUGUGCAAGGCCCUUGUCGAGGAAGACAAGCUUGUUCCCCUUUAUGGACGUGGCAAGGACCGUGUUGACCCAAGAUCAAAGAACAUGCCUGAAUCUGACAUUCCUCACCGCCCGACUGGCCAGAGGCCUGCCACAGCUCCACAGGCUGAUGCUAACAACAACUUCCCCAAUGCCAAUGCAAACCCAUGGUUCAUGGGCACAGGAGUCCCAUUGGCGAAUGCAAGGUGGGGGAAUUAUGCAUUUUCAGCUGCUUUUGGAGGCCUGUUCCCUAUGCUUAGCUUCCAAGUCCAUGGAUUCCCCGAUGCUGCUGCUUAUGCGCAGCCAGCUGGGUUCCACUAUGGGUACGGCCAUGGGCAUGGAUUCCAUGGUGGGCAUAUGGGACACGCUCACGGCGUCCACCGGCAAGCACCUUUGGGGCAACAGCAGCAGGCAGAUAUCUACCUGAAGGCCCUGCUUCUCAUGGUUGGAGUUCUAGUGAUUGCGAGCCUCAUUGCAUUUUAAAGCUGUUGAACCUGGAGGCCCUGCUUCUCAUGGUUGGAAUUCUCGGGGGUGCAAUGCAAGGCUCCUGGCAUUUCUGAUGCUGUGAUGGCAGAUUGGCUUAAGAAUUGUCUUAUUUCAGUGUUGGUUCUGUAUUAUAGCUUGGUGCUGAAUGUUGCAUGAGUUAUUCGUGUAUUUGCAUGAAGUGUCCAUAGAAUAUGUAUUUAUAGCUCCAGGCAAGUAUCUGCCUUUUACAGCACCUUAUAUAGUAUUAGGAGGAACCUGGUGCAAUUAUUGCUGUUUAGUUUUGAUGAUUUUUGGAGGUGAACGUGAUGUACAAUUGUUGGGUAGCCAUCUCCCACCUGCAUCUGUUGUCUGUACCAUUUAGAUUGGAAAUGGAUAGCAUGAGACAGAAUAUAUGAGAAUUUGGAAUUAGUGUUUUGUGUA